AUGCCUCAUCCCGUGUCCGCGUCCCUGCCGACCGCGGUGUCCCAGGACGCCGCCCCCCCGCCGUCGCAGGACGACGUCUCGCACUUCCUCACCACCAUCUUCACGGCCCAAACCUCUGCCGCCUCGGUCGAUGCCAGCUACGGCCUGUGCGAGCUCUUGCUCAACUCGGUCGGCUACGCCGGCCUGCGCCAGUACGGCGUCGUUGCCGAGAUCAAAAAGGCCGCCGCCGACAAGAAGGACGGGCUGCGGAGAGAGGGCGGCCAGAACCUGCUCGGCGCCAUCUUUGAGCGGUUCCCCCCGAGGCAGCGCGUCUCCGAGGUCGUGCUGCUCUGCCAGGAGGAUGGCCUGGUCCCGUGCGCGCUCGACGCCCUGGCCGACAAGGGCGCAGUCGUGCGCGAGGCCUCCCAGUACGGCCUCGACGCCCUGUUCGGCAACCUGGGCGCCGAGGCCCUCGUCACCGGCCUGCUGCCCGUCCUGUGCGCCUACCUGGGCAGGAGGACGGGCAAGUGGCAGGGCACCGUGGGCGCGUACAGGCUGCUGCAGAGAAUGGCCGACAGGGCCAAGCCGGCCAUCGGCGGCAGCAAGGAGGAAGCCGUCGGCAAGGACGUCCUCCGCGAGGCCAUGGGCGCCAAGCUGGCCGGCUUGAUCCCCAUUGUCGAGGGCGGCAUGCACGACCUCAAGGCCGAGGUCGAGAAGCAGGCCGUGCAGACCAUGAACGCCCUGACCGGCCUGCUCUCCAACGACGACGUGGCUCCCCGAAUCCCCCUGCUCGUCGAGACCAUGCAGCACCCCUCGGCGCAGUCUACGCAGAAGGCCAUCCACGCCCUGUCGCAGACCACCUUUGUGGCCGUCGUCACCUCGCCCGUCCUGGCCCUGCUGACGCCCUUUCUCGAGCGAUCGCUCAACUCGCCCAACACGGCGCAAGAGGUGCUGCGCCAGACCUGCGUCAUCACCGAGAACCUGACCAAGCUCGUCCACGACCCCAUCGAGGCGCGGACCUUCCUGCCCAAGCUGUCGCCGGGCAUCAAGGCCGUCGCGGACCGCGCCUCGCUUCCCGAGGUCCGGGACAUAGCCGAGAGGGCGCUAGCCGUCAUGGAAAAGGCCAUGGCCAACGACGAGGAAGUCGUGGCCCUGACGGUCGCCCAAGACGUUGCCGCGGUGCUGGACCAGGAGGUCGAGAGGAGCGGCGGUCUCGCCGCCGGCGCUGCCGAGAUUUACAAGCUGGCCCGAGCCUACGUCGGCGACAUGGUCGCGGCCGACGUCAACUACCGAUUCACCAAGCGCGUCGCCGCCCGCGUCGCGCCGUACCUGCGGCCCCUGCUGCGGAACCCCGCAGCCGCCGAGGCGGUGGGCGACGCCGUCCAGAAGCGGUACGUUGACGAGGACGAGCGCCGGUACGGCGUCGCCGACAAGGAGGACGACGGCGAGGUGGAGAUUGUCAACGCCGACUUCUCCCUGGCGUACGGCGGCAUGCUGCUCCUCUCGCACACCAACCUGCGCCUGCUCAAGGGCCACCGCUACGGCCUGUGCGGGCGCAACGGGGCCGGCAAGUCGACGCUCAUGCGGUCCAUCGCCAACGGCAAGCUCGAGGGCUUCCCGCCCCAGGACGUCCUGCGCACCUGCUACGUCGAGCACAACCAGGGCGAGGACGCCGACAUGUCCAUCCUCGAGUUUGUGGCCAAGGACCCCGAGAUUGGCCCGCAGGGCGACGCGCACAUCUCCGAGGUCCUGGCCGAGUUCGGCUUCACCCCGGGCCCGCAGGGCCGCCAGUCCCACAAGGUCGGCUCCCUCUCGGGCGGGUGGAAGAUGAAGCUGGCCCUGGCGCGCGCCAUGCUCAGGCGGGCCGACGUGCUGCUCCUCGACGAGCCCACCAACCACCUCGACGUGGCCAACAUUGCCUGGCUGGAGAACUACCUCAGGACGCACCCGGACAUCACCAGCCUGAUCGUGUCGCACGACUCGGGCUUCCUGGACAACGUCACGACCGACAUCUACCACUACGAGCCCAACAAGAAGCUCGCCUGCUACCGGGGCAACCUGGCCGCCUUUGUGCGGGCCCGGCCCGAGGCCAAGGCCUACUACACCCUGUCGGCGUCCAACGUGCAGUUCAAGUUCCCGCCGCCCGGCAUCCUGACCGGGGUCAAGUCGCAGACGCGGGCCAUCAUCCGCAUGACCAACGCGUCGUACACGUACCCCUCGGCCAGCAAGCCCUCCCUGUCCGACGUCUCGUGCCAGCUGACGCUGUCGUCGCGCGUCGCCGUCAUCGGGCCCAACGGGGCCGGCAAGAGUACCCUCAUCAAGCUGCUCACGGGGGAGGUGGUGCCCACCGCCGGCAAGGUGGAGAAGCACCCCAACCUGCGCAUCGGCUACAUCAAGCAGCACGCCCUGGAGCACGUCGAGAUGCACCUGGAGAAGACGCCCAACCAGUACCUGCAGUGGCGCUACGCCAACGGCGACGACCGCGAGGUGCACAUGAAGCAGACGCGCGCGCUGUCCGACAAGGACCGCCAGCAGAUGGACAAGUGGAUCGACAUGAAGGACGGCAAGUCUGCCAAGCAGAUUGAGGCUCUGGUGGGGCGUCAAAAGUACAAGAAGACGUUUCAGUACGAAGUCAAAUGGCGCGGGCUCCUGCCCAAGCACAACAACCAAAUCUCGCGCGAGACGCUCCUCGAGCUCGGCUUCGACAAGCUCGUCCAGGAGUUUGACGACCACGAAGCCUCCCGCGAGGGCCUGGGCUACCGCGAGCUGCAGCCGUCCGUCAUCUCGAAGCACUUUGAGGACCUGGGCCUGGACCCGGACAUUGCCAACCACAACGAGAUCGGCUCCCUGUCGGGCGGGCAAAAGGUCAAGGUGGUCAUCGCGGGCGCCAUGUGGAACAACCCGCACCUGCUGGUGCUCGACGAGCCGACCAACUUCCUGGACCGCGACUCGCUGGGCGGGCUGGCCGUGGCGAUCCGCGAGUUCCGCGGCGGCGUCAUGCUCAUCUCCCACAACGAGGAGUUUGUCGGCGCCCUCUGCUCGGAGCAGUGGCUCGUCAGCGACGGCCGCGUCGCCCACCGCGGCGCCGCCGCCGUCGCGCUCGACCGCUUCGACGACUCGCGCCCGGGGAGCGCCGUCGCCAGCACCGCCGCCAGCUCCGUCGUCAGCAGCGCCGUCAACUCGGGCGCCGAGGACAACAACGCCGACAUGCGCUUCAAGGCCAGGCGGAAGCGCAAGAUGACCAAGAAGGAGCUCAAGGAGCGCGAGGUGCGCCGCCGCCUGCGCCACAUUGAGUGGCUCAACAGCCCCAAGGGCACGCCGCACCCCCCGGACACGGACGACGACGAGGCCUAG